AUGGUGCGUCAGCUGCACGACGGUAUCAUGGCGCGAGUCACGGACAACGGAGCUGUCUCAGAGGCAUUCGCAGUGACCAACGGAGUGAAGCAGGGCUGUGUGCUGGCGCCUACCCUCUUCAGUCUCAUGUUCUCUGCCAUGCUGAUGGACGCCUACCGCGACGAACGCCCCGGGAUCCGCAUCGCCUACAGGACGGACGGUCGUCUCCUGAAUCAACGGCGCAUGAACUUCCAAUCGCGUGUAUCCACAGCCACCGUGCACGAACUCCUCUUCGCCGACGACUGCGCCCUGAACACCACCUCCGAAGCGGAGAUGCAACGGAGCAUGGACCUAUUCUCCGCCGCCUGCGAGAACUUCGGGCUGGUUAUCAACACGCAGAAGACGGUUGUGAUGCAUCAGCCGCCUCCCAACUCAGCCACAGCCCCCAACGCGCCGCCGCAAAUCAACGUGAAUGGGACUCAACUGCAAGUGGUAGAGAACUUCCCGUACCUGGGCAGCACGCUCUCCCGCAACACCAAGAUCGACGACGAAGUCGCCAACAGGAUCUCGAAAGCCAGUCAAGCCUUCGGUCGCCUCCAAAGCACAGUUUGGAAUCGUCAUGGUUUCCAACUGAGCACAAAGCUGAAGAUGUACAAGGCCGUCAUCCUGCCGACGCUACUGUACGGAGCGGAGACCUGGACGGUGUACACGAGGCAAGCACGUCGACUAAACCACUUCCACCUCAGCUGUCUCCGCCGCAUCCUGAGGCUGAACUGGCAGGACCGCAUCCCCGACACCGAAGUGCUGGAACGGACGGGAAUUCUGAGCAUCUACUCCACACUGAAACAAAUGCAGCUUCGCUGGAGCGGCCAUCUGAUGCGCAUGGACGACGAGCGACUACCCAAACGACUCUUCUACGGAGACGUCGCGACGGGUUCUCGUCGUCAAGGAGGCCAAAUUCGCCGUUACAAGGAUACACUGAAGUCCUCCCUGAAGCGCCUGCACAUCAACCCGACCAACUGGGAAGACCUCGCCCGCGAUCGUCCGAUAUGGAGGAGAACAGUGAAGACGGGCGCUGCUAUCUACGAAGCCAACCGAAUCGCCGCCGCCAAAUUGAAACGCGAAGCCCGCAAAUCACAACUUCGCCCAAUACGCAACGCCGCCGCACAACCUCUCCCUACGUGUCCUCGAUGUCAACGGACAUUCCGGGCACGAAUCGGACUUGUUGGACAUCUUCGGAUCAACUGCACCUCUCGAAAUGCUCCAGCCAUCGUCCCCCCGCCCGCCGGUUCCUCGUCCUCUGUGCCGCCAACUAACUCUGACACUCCCUCUGCACCACCACUUCCAUCCUCCUCCUUCUCCUCCACUGCCCAAGCGGUGGCCGUUCAGGGUGCCGUCUCACACAUCGCCAACCACGACACAACAACCGCAACCACCCCCACCCCUCCCGAUUACAGUGAUGAGGAUCAGGACUACGCCUGCCCUCACUGUGACCGCACCUUCACUUCACGCAUUGGCCUGGUCGGUCACUUGCGAAUCCAUCGCACAGAGACUGGCAAACCAGUGCCUGGAGCACCAGCCUACACUCACCGCACUCGCCUCCACUGCCCGCACUGCCCUCGCACCUUCACGCAUCGCAUGGGUCUAUUCGGCCAAAUGCGGAUCCACGAGAGCGGAAUUGGCCACAAUUCCGAUACAGCCACGACAUCCAACACAUCCACCACGCCCAGAACAAUCCUCGCUCCACCGUCACACGCGUCGACCACCACCACCGCCACCACCACCAACACCACUGCUUCCUCUACAGCUGACACCGACACCGCCGACCUCUCAUGCCCACAUUGUCCACGCACCUUCACCUCACGCAUCGGCCUGGUGGGCCACUUGCGAAUCCAUCGCACAGAGACUGGCGAACGAAUGCCUGGAGCACCAACCUACACCCACCGCACUCGCCUCCACUGCCCACACUGCCCUCGCACCUUCACGCAUCGCAUGGGUCUAUUCGGCAACAUGCGCAUCCACGACGACCUGCGGUAG